UCUCGUGUUAUCUCAACCUGUAUGACUUCUUUUUCGUCAGUGGACCACUAAAGACAGUAAAAGGUGACUGUCAUUAUACCAAAAAACAUCUAACAUUUGUGUUAAACCUAAAAAAGGUAACGAUACAGGUUUAGAACAACAUUAGACCGAGUAAAUAAUGUCAUAAUAUUGAUUUAACUCGAUCACUUUAAUGGAACCGCUUGUUUUCUUUCCACUUUAUUUACGAUGACGCAAAGCCAACGACCAAUGAGACGUUAAAGCGUCACAAGAACGCGACUCCAAACUCUACUCCUCAUUGGUUCCUUUGUUUUUUGUGGUCCAAUCACGUUCCACGUUUCGUGUUUGCGUGUUGUCUACUUUCCCACUUCUACCACCUGUGUAACUGUACCAUUUCAGCAUAUGCCACAGAAGCCGCUACUAGAGCUGUCGUACGUAUCUCUCCUGUAAGCUUGGUUGUGUGUGUUUCGGUACUUUUUCGGUCCAGAACUGCAGGUUCACGCCAUGUCUGGACACGGUCACGGCCACGGCGGCGGACGCGGUCACGGCUGCUGUGAAUGCGAUCACGAGCCAGCAGAGCGAGGAGUGGAAUAUGAGCUCUACAGACGCAUUGAUAUCGAGAAGCUUCAGUGUUUGAAUGAGAGCCGAGACGGAGAUGGUAAACUGGUGUUCAAGCCUUGGGAUCAACGCACUGACAGGGCGAAGUUUGUCGAAAGCGACGCUGACGAGGAGCUUCUGUUCAAUAUACCGUUUACAGGUAGCGUGAAGCUGAAAGGGAUCAUUAUUUCUGGAGAAGAUGAUGAGUCACACCCAGCUGAAAUGAGACUGUACAAGAACAUCCCCCAAAUGUCAUUUGACGAUACAAGCAGAGAGCCAGAGCAAGCGUUUCGUCUAAACAGGGAUCCGCUUGUUGAGCUUGAGUAUCCAACCAAGAUUGCGAGAUUCUCCAACGUGCAGCACUUAUCAAUCCACAUAUCUCGAAACUUUGGGGCAGAAUCCACUCGUGUGUAUUACAUUGGUCUGCGGGGAGAGUACACAGAGGCUCAUAGGCAUGAAAUUACAAUCUGCAAUUAUGAAGCAGCAGCCAAUCCAGCAGAUCACAAAGUGGAGACCAUUACACCCCAAACACAGUUCAUAUCAUGACAAAUGGAGGAGAGAGAAUCUCACGUGUGCUGUGUGAAACUAUAAAAGUGUGCAUGAGUUUUGAUAAUGGUGAGAUGAUGAACUGAGAAAGCCUGUGUGUUCUUUGUGUUCAACAGGGAUUUCUUCACCAGGGUUUGUUCAUCUGCAAUUCUGCUAAUGUGCCAAUAAACCCUAGGCUAUAUAAGCAUAAUUACUUAAUGUAUGCUUAUGUCAAAUAAACAGUGUAUGCUUCAACAAACAGAACAGA